UCAUUCAGAAGCCUACUCGUCCCCGAGACCUCGACUACGCUACUCAGAGAGAGAGAGAGAGAGAGAGAGAGAGUCAUGACCUCGUUCGUUCAAUUGAAGAUCUUCUUCUGCUUUUGCUUCGUAUCUAUCCCUAUAGCAAUCGCUAGAAAUCGACAUACAGUCAAUUUCAGAUCACCAAAUCUGUUCCCGGAAGGCUUAACUUGGGAUCCAAAAGCCCAGCACUUCAUCGUAGGCUCCCUUCACGAUCGCUCCAUUAAAACCGUUUCCGAUGCAGGCGUCGUUGAAACUCUAAUCUCCGACCCUGACCUUCCCCCCGAAGUCACUAUCCUCGGCCUCAAAGUCGAUUCCGUCAACCGACGCCUCCUCGCCGUCAUCCACGCUAUGGAACCUCACCCAAACUUCAACGCACUCGCUGCCUACGACCUCCGUUCUCGCCAACGCCUCUUCCUGGCGCUACUCAUUGACCCUAACUCCUCCGACCGUCAGAUAGCUAACGACGUCACCGUCGAUUUCAACGGCAACGCUUACGUCACGAACGCCGCCGGCAAUUUCAUCUGGAAAGUAAACAUCGACGGUGAAGCGUCCAUCUUAUCAAGAUCUACUCUUUUCACUUCCCAACACGUGUACCGGGAUGAACCCUAUAGUUUCUGCGGCCUCAACGGCAUCGCUUACGUCAGCAACGGUUAUCUGCUGGUGGUACAGACGAACACCGGAAAGUUAUUCAAAGUCGAGCCCGACGACGGCACCGCUCGGCUGGUGACGAUAGGGAAGGACUUGACGGCGGCGGAUGGGAUCGCCCUUAGAAGAGACGGCGUUCUGGUGGUUGUGUCCCAGUUCAAGGCUUGGUUUCUGAGGAGCAGGGAUGGUUGGGGAGAAGCUGUGGUAUAUGAUGAAACUGCCCUUGAUACGGAAAGGUUUCCCACUUCGGUUACCAUCAGAGAGGAGAAUAGGGCUUAUGUGGUAUAUGGUAAGGUGGACAAGGGUAUGGCCGGAAAUGUGGAAGUGGAGGAGUUUAGUAUAGAAGAGAUUGAGUCGGCAGCGGAGAGCAAAGAGGAGGCUAUUUGGUUGUAUGUUUUGAUUGGGGUGGGUUUAGCUUUAUUCACGUAUUGGAGGUUUCAGAUGGGUCGGCUUGUCAAAGAUAUGAACAAGAAAAUUGCUUGAAGGGAUCAAUAUCAUUUUUGAAUGGGCAAUAGAGGACUACUACGAUUAGAAUUUUGAGGUUCAGAGCUCCGUCUUGGCCUUCUGGGAUUGUUGAUGGAGUUAUUUGAAUGAGUAAUUUAUGUCAUCUAAAGAAUUCAUUCUCUGAAAGAAUACAUAUUAAUGAAAAAUCUAUCGCUUAA